GGGGCUGUCUCUGCAGAAUCCAUGCACUUUAGUUUUUUAUUCUGCCCGGGUUCUGAGAUCCCUGUCCGCGGCUCAUCCAGAGCGAGAGGGACACUCACAGACAAAUACAAGACUUAAAGGUCAAUGCAGCAGCUGCUCUGGAGCCGUGGUCGUAUCACACGGUCUUCAUCAGUCAGUGGAGUUUGCUCAGUUGUCUUUCAUGACACAUUUCCAAAUUCUUUUUUUUCCCCCGAGCACUCUGUGAAGAUCCUCUCGACUCUUUAUAUUUACCUCUGUUGUAGUGGGGCUGGAGACAGAAGUCUUAGAGACAGACAUCCGAGACAAAUGCGACCCAACGUGCUGAGAUUGCUAUGGACAGACAAGUGAGGAAGCAUCGAUCAAACCUAUUUUCUUUGUUGUUGUUUUGUAUCAGUAUCUGCUGAUAGUUGAGCGCGGAUCCGAUCCCAGUGCUCACCUUUGCCCGGAUCCGAAAUCUGGAGACGGCGCCUCGCUGUGUGAAACUCACUGGACUUAUUUUUGUACUGCUGUAACCUGAGACCAGGGAUCACCGUGGCACAACAAAACGGAAUGACAGAGGGGGGACAGUGCGUUUUAUAAUGACACUUAGGGAGAGAGAAACUGUGUUCAAUGCGGAUCAGAUCCGGUGCCGGAUCGAUUGCCUCCCCAGUUGCGAGGAAAAGUCCAACAAGUCGAACUUGAACGAGGCACAGAUUGAAAUUUUUUUUUAGCAGCAGAAUUGUGCUCAAGUUUUAACAGUCUGAGAACACGAAUCAGUAUUAUUUAUAUACCGGAUCAAAUAAUCUGCGGUCUCAUGACUUUUUAGAUUAAUGGGAAUUGGUGAGCCGAGGUAAUAACAUGACAGGUUCCAGGAACCCAAACUUCAGGUUACUUGUUUUUGCCAAAGAUAUUCAGUCGCAUGUUGACACAAAACAGAGGAAAGCAGCAAACGUUCUCCUCAUGUUAGACAUUCGUUUCUUGGUCGCUGACUUAAAUGAUUAAUCAUUCACACAAAAAUUGUUGCCAGUUCAUUUCUGUGGAUGAACUAAGCGUCAUUUCAGGCCUCGUGUACACACGGCCCUGACAAAAUGUCAUGCGUAACAUCACACGUUUCAUUUUUGGCACAUGCCUGACGCUCUGUAAAAUCUUUAUCUGCAGAGAGACUACAGUUUGAAGGUAAAUAUGGUCGAGCUGAAAGUGUGAUUUCUCCUAGAAUACACAAUGAGAAUACACACAUAAAGCACUAGUAGUACUAGUAUUCGGUUAAAUGUACUUCUACAGCAAUGAAACAGAUAAAAAAAAAAAAAGAAAACUCCUGAAAUGUAAGUACAAUAGAUGAAAACUGAUAAUCUAGUAACUAUAAACUAUUAAAUUACAGCUACCUGUCGUCUAUCCCAGAAUUAUCGGAAUACAUUGGACGUUUUUGUGUUUUUUUUUUUCAUUCUAUCCUAUGAUCAUAUCAGAAGCCUCAAAUUUGAGUGACUACUUUCAGUAUUGUCUGUACAAUGAGUAACUCGAGUAUUUGAUGAGGGAUUGACCAACAGAAGGUAUGCAUCUUUCAUUUCAUUUCACGGCGAAAAUAUUCAUCCACUCUCGGUUACAGGCGGUAAAAACCAUCUAUUGAAUUCAGUUUUUGUUUACAAUUGACUUAGAGAAAAGAGACGAGAAUGGAUUUAAUGUCAGGGGGCGUUGUUUAUUUAAUUUCACAUACUCAGUUUUGUUUAAACAGCGCUGAUCCUCAUCCAGUGAACAAACUUUGCCUCUUUCAGAAACUAUGUGGAACAAAUUACCCAGUCAGCAUCUGCUUUGUGGUGGUGAAUGAGUUCUGUGAACGCUUCUCCUACUAUGGCAUGAGAGCGGUGCUGACACUCUAUUUCCUCAACUACCUCCACUGGGACAAGGACCUCUCCACCGCUGUCUACCACGCCUUCAGCAGCCUCUGCUACUUCACGCCCUUACUGGGAGCUAUCAUCGCUGACUCCUGGCUCGGAAAAUUCAAGACCAUCAUCUACCUCUCCAUUGUCUAUGUGAUCGGCCAUGUGGUCAAGUCGGUUGGAGCCAUUCCCUCUAUGGGAGACAGCAGUAUGCACAUUGCUCUGUCCAUGAUAGGUCUGAUACUCAUAGCCCUCGGCACCGGAGGAAUCAAGCCCUGCGUGGCAGCAUUUGGAGGAGACCAGUUUGACGAUGCGCACGUCAACGAGAGGCAGAAAUUCUUCUCCAUUUUCUACAUGUCAGUCAACGCAGGGAGUCUCUUGUCGACUGUGAUUACACCAAUACUGAGAAGUGACGUGCAGUGUUUCGGCGGCGACUGCUACGCUCUGGCCUUUGGGGUUCCUGCAGCUCUGAUGAUCGUGGCCAUCGUUGUGUUUAUUGCUGGCAGUGGUCUGUACAAGAUGUGUCCUUCCCGGGGAAACGUCCUGUUGGAAGUCUGCAAUUGCAUCGGAUUUGCCAUCAAAAACCGCUGGAAGAGCUCAAACUAUAUCCCUAAGAAGAAGCAUUGGCUGGACUGGGCUGAGGAGAAGUACUCGAAGCGUCUGAUCCAGGAGAUUAAGAUGGUGCUGCGGGUUUUGGUGCUCUUUAUCCCGCUGCCAAUGUUCUGGGCUCUGUUCGAUCAGCAGGGUUCCCGCUGGACGCUUCAAGCCACGAUGAUGAACAUGUCUUUUGGAGAUUACUUCAUUAUUAAGCCGGACCAAAUGCAGAUGUUGAAUGCUCUGCUGAUUCUUCUCUUUGUGCCCAUCUUUGACCUCAUCGUAUAUCCGCUCGUUGGCCUCUGCAGAAUCCACGUCACGCCUCUAAGGAAAAUGUCCACAGGGAUGAUUUUUGCAGCGCUGGCCUUUGGAUUGGCCGCACUGGUGGAGAUGAACGUUGUGAAAACAGUGGUGGCUCCUGCACCUGCAGGGAAAAGUCUCCUACACGCCAUUAACAUGGCAAAAGGUAAUGUCACUGUGAAGAUCCCUGGCGGCAGCUGGUUUCCGGAGCAGAUCCAGUACCUUGAGGCCGGGCCUAACUACGAAACACUUCUACUGGGGGAGUCCAAAAAGGAACUGAUGAUUCAAGUCACCUUCAAAGGAAACACCUCAGAGUGUAACCAGACCUUUGAAGAACAAAAGGCCUACAGUCUCAUCUUCUACUCCGAAACUACUGGAAUCCAGUGCAAACUUGUGGAGGACAACAUAGAGAAAAGUGAAGAUGGGAAUCCUUUUCUGAGGUUCCUCAACACACAGCCAGAAGCCGUGAACGUAACUUUUGGAGAUGUGACUUUCCAUGUGCCAUCUGGUUACACCAUGACUACUAACAAGACUGUGGAUCGGGGAGAAUACCCAGUUGUCGGGUGCUGCUUGCAUUCAGGGAAGUGCUCUAAUCUUAACCUGGGCCUGCUGGACUUCGGAGCUUCCUACACCGUCAUACUCAUUCAGGAAUCGGGUAAAAUUGUGGCUCACAAGAUAGAGAAUGUGAAAGCCAACGAUGUGCACAUUGCCUGGCAGAUCCCACAGUACAUCCUCAUAACUGUGGGAGAGGUCAUGUUCUCCAUUACGGGCGUGGAGUUCUCCUACUCACAGGCUCCAGCCACCAUGAAGUCAGUCUUGCAGGCCGGCUGGCUGCUCACUGUGGCAUUCGGGAACAUGAUAGUGCUGAUCGUGGCAGAGGGUGCGGGACUGGAACAGUGGAAAGAGUUCCUGCUGUUUGCCAUACUGCUGUUUGGCGUCUGCAUCAUCUUCUCCAUCAUGUCCUACUUCUACACCUACGUUGACCCUGAUGACCUGGACAAGAUCAACCUGGAGGAUUUAGGGAAGGAGGAAGAGGAUGACGACGACAUGAAGAAAGAUUCUCACAUACACCUGAACAAAAUGGAGAAAAGCACCAGAUUAUAGUCAUUGGAUGAGUUGGAAAAGCAGCCAUCAUGAGGAAGUACCCUGUUUUCAUUCAGCCCCUUUUAAUUUUUUCAUGUUUCCUGUUUUAAGGUACUUUUUUCUAGCUCUUAGCUCUAAGAUUUCUGACCGUGGGAUAUUUCUUGUGGUUGCAAGUCCAGUGCUUGUUUGUGACAUAAGUUUAAUAUAUUCUGUGAAACAUUUAACACUCCAGUCACUUCUAGAUUCAUAACCAGGGUACAGGAAUGAAUUUUUCUGAAUGAGACUGAGUAAGUGACAUGUUUAAAAUAGGCAAAAUACUGUGUGAUUUACCUCGCUGUGAUCAAUAGUCUUACUACAAUUGAAUGUUAGAUAUUAUAUGCGGUAUAUAUAUUUGUUGCAUAUUGUCAACAUGUCAACAUUUUAUGUUCUGUGACACUAAAUAAUAAUCAUAACCUAUACUGUCUUUGACAGAACAUAUUGGAGCAGUGGUUAAGUUUACAUUGUGUGACUAUAAAAUGAUAUUAAAGGACAAUAGUUACUGGAGGUUUUGUACUUUAUAAGUCAAUAAUUAAAAAUUUGGCAUAUGUAACAUUAUGUCUAACCAUUUUCCAUAGCAUACCUAAUUUUUUUCAUUGGUUUUCCGCCAUAAAAGGGAACCGCUGGAACGCCACAUAAAAAUCACUGAUAUGUUUUAUGCGUGACAAUGAACAUGGGUAGCCUUUAUUUUUUGUUUGUGAUUUACCUUACUUGUCCUUCCGUUGCAAGCAGGAAUUUUUAUGACUCUGCUUGUUGACUUGACAACUUAGAUUAGUAUCUGGCAGCAAACUUUCAGUGCAGGAAAGAGCCCAAUCCGUAUUAUUUAAGUCGCAAAGGCUUUUUUUAUUAUCGAUCUUCCGGUUUUGUUGUCUGAAAAAAACGAAGCUUGUCAUUGUCAAAGGUCUGAUGUAACAGAGUUCUUUAAGAAGAAGUACAGUGCCUACUUGCAACUUCACUGCCCCAGAGUUUAAAAAUAGCAGGGGGAAGGUUCCCUGUGAUGGACUGACUUACGCAGGCAAGUUUCAAGUUUCUGCAAGCUGAACUGAAACUGCUUAUUGCCUAGCAGGUGGGAAAUCUAAAAAUUAGAAAAGAAAAAGAAAAAUAGUCACUAUUAUACUGUUUAUUUUUCAGUUUUGGAAAGUACUAUACUUACCCUUUUCACCUAAGACAUUUUGACAUGUGACAGUAGGCAAAGUACAGGUGUAAAUAAUAAAAUGAAUGAUGGCUGAAUUCCAUUUAGCUGCUUCAGUGUCAGGGUCCUGGCGUUGGUUAUGCUGCUUCACUGUUACACUGUCAUGAUUUACUGGGACACUUGAAUAGCAUAGAGCCAUUGUUCAUGUUGUUAGCAACACCAGUGCACUUCCUACUAUAAGUCAAAAUGUCUGCUGUGAGAAAGGCCUAUUGAAAUGUAUUGUAUAUGUGAUUUGUUUAUGUGCUGAAACAUGCAAAACCAACUGUUUGGUCCUUUAAAGUCACUAAAUACUUGAUGGAAACUUUUUAUUCAGGGAAAUAUAUAAAUUGUGCUGCUCCUAAUUAACUUCUGGAAGUAGACUGCUGUGAUACUGAAACUUGUUUU